CUGGGGACUAGGGACGGACCGGGUAGUACGGACAGACAGAGAGUAGGGACGGACUAAGGAGUAGGGAUAGACUGGAGAGUAGGAACGGACUGGGGGUAGGGACGGACCAGCCAGUAGGAAGAGAUUUUGGGCGGGAAAUCACCGAAAGGGUUCGCACACCUCAAUGGACAUAUGAAUAUAAGACAGGUUACAGGUGAGCCGCCCUCGUUCAAAAGCUCGGGCGCGCCCCGAACCUGGUCAUGCUUACCUCAGUUGAAGCGGGGUCUCUCGGAUCGUAGCUCAAAAGGGAAAUCGGGAGUCGAUUAUUCCGGACUAAACGAGGUCUAUAUGGAGAGAACUAGGCGAAGGUAGAGAUGUAUUGUCUAUCGAACGUAGGUG